UUUGCAGCCAAUGGCACUAAGCGAGGUGGCUGCAUGCGGUGGCGAGGACCCAGCGCCCGGGCUGCGAGAGGAGGAGGCGGCAGCCGGCUCUGCUCUCCGCGCGCUCCCGGCUCCCGCUCCGCGGCUGCGGGCACUCCUCCUGCCAGCGGCGGCCAGCCGCGCUCCGCCCGCCCCGAGCCGCCCCUCGGUGCUUGUGCCCCGCCGGUUCCGGCAGCAUGGACUCGGACUCCGCGGAGCUCAGCGAAGGCGAGCUGGUCUCGCCCGCAGGUCCUGAUUAUUUCAGUUCCAAGAAUCUUGCACUGCAAGCCCAGAAAAAGAUCCUGAGUAAAAUGGCAACCAAAACCAUGGCUAACAUGCUCAUCGAUGACACAAGCAGUGAAAUCUUUGAUGAGCUGUACAAAGUAACGAAGGAACAUACGAGAAACAAAAAGGAAGCCCAUAAAAUUAUGAAAGACCUGAUUAAAGUGGCAAUAAAAAUUGGGAUCCUGUAUCGAAAUAAUCAGUUCAACCACGAAGAGCUGGAAAUCGUAGACAAGUUCAGGAAGAAGCUGAACCAAACUGCGAUGACAAUUGUCAGUUUCUAUGAGGUAGAGUACACUUUUGACAGAAAUGUUCUUGCAGAACUUCUGAAUGAAUGUAAAGACCUUGUGCAUGAACUGGUAGAUCGACACCUGACACCAAGAUCCCACGGGCGCAUCAACCACGUCUUCAACCACUUUGCAGAUGUGGAGUUUCUAACUGCCCUGUACAGUCUUGAUGGGGAUUGUCGGCCGUACCUCAAAAAGAUCUGUGAUGGCAUCAACAAACUACUUGAUGAGAAGGUCCUUUGAAACUACGCUCCAAACCAAGAAGACAACCAAAAACUUCUCUCUAGAACUGGCCACCCUUCAUGAGCCACGGUGAGCAAGUGAGCUUCCUUCCCACAGGCCUCUUAGUACAGUCUCCAACAAGGGCCAGAAAGUGCUCACCAGGCUCAUGAUGAACUUCAAUCAGAAAGCUAUCAAUUUUAAUGUUUUGUUCCAAUAACUUGGUCUUUUCCAAGAAGCAGAGCGAACAAGGCUGAUGAUAUUGUCGAGAAAGAGAUUGCUACACACCAUGAUCUUACUACCUUUGUGUACAAGGCUGAACAUGGGAAAAGAAAGUAAACUCCGGUGCAUGGCUAUGUAAAAUUAGACAGGUGAAGGCUAAAGAGGAACGCAUGGAAUUUACCCCCGGGCCCUUGGUGCAUAUGUUUUUAUUAUCUCCAUGAAAAAGCUUAGACAGAAAGUAGGGCUGUAAUGGAUUAAGCUCAUUCCUUUCAAAAGGAUCAGGAAUCAAUAUGAGAAGCCAUCUCUGACUGUGCAUGGUAUUUAAGAAGUCUGAUAGGAGAACAGCAAAUAAUACAAACUGAGUAGAAGUGGGAGAAAUUUAAAGAACUGCUUGAUGAAGCAAUGUUUUCAUUAGAGAGUUUUGGUUCAUACCUGCUAACAUAGGGAAGGUUUCAUUUUAAAUUGGAAAAAGCAGCUCAACAUUUCGAGCUCAGAGGCAAUCCGAAAACUAGAUAAAGCAGUACAUCCGUUUCCCCACUCUCAGGGCUUGUGUAUUUGGUAACAUCAGGCAAGUUUAGGCCAAAGGUUGUGCUGCUCUUUGUGCUCUUACUGUUUUGGCUGACAGAACAAAACAUUCGUUGCGAGGAUUUUGAAACUGCACUUGUGAAGAGGAACAUGAUGAAGACACCAGUGGAGUGACACCAAUGGAGCAACACCAAUGGAGCGACGUUUUCAUUCCCUAUCCUCAAAACAUUCAACCUAGCUAAAACGCUCAGUUUAACAUGUCCACGACAUUAAUUUGUGCCUACAGUAAACCAGGUGUGAAAAAGGAAGCCCCACUCAUGCUUGCAGUGCCGUCUGAGGGUAGUGCCUCUGCAGGAGCCUGAAGAGAACAGUCUUAGCCACUCCAUGGAGCUUCAUGAAUGAUUUCUUCAGAAUGUUGUCAGUGACUUGGGUU